CCUGGAGGUAUUGGUGAUCCACUGUUACUAGUUACGGAAGCCCGUUAAGCGAAAGCUUCUAUUUCGUCCAAAACCAUUUGAACCAUUUGACCCAUUUGACCCUGAAACAUUACAAUUUCAGAAGGUUAAUUAGUUGUAUGUACAUACGGGACAGAUUGGUCGCAUGAGUUUAUCUACUGAACAUAAUAGUGCUACUAAUAGUGAGCAAGAAAAUCAGCCAGAUAAAGUGAUACUUCUGCUUAAGGCUGCUGGAAAUGCUCCUGUAAUGAAAAAGAUGAAGUGGUCUGUAAGCAGGAAGCAGAAAAUCCAUUGGGUAGUGGAUUUUAUAAGGAAAUAUAUAUCAUGUGCUCCUUCUGAAUCUUUAUUUCUCUACGUAAAUCAGUGUUUCGCACCGGCCAUGGAUGCUGAGAUAGGUUCACUGUAUGACUGUUUCAGUGUAGAAGGAAAACUAAUUUUACAUUAUUGUAAAACUCAGGCGUGGGGAUGAAAAUAUAUUUUCUGUUUAUACUUAUACUUUAACUCACACUUUUAUUUCUUUUUUAGUUCAAUGCAGGCUCGGCAAGUAAAAGUAGAUGGUUUGUUCCCAGUUUUCGACUAACAUUUUUUGCCAGUUGGUAAUUUAAUCAGUUACUUUAUUGAAUCUGUGAUUCAUUUGUAUUUAUACGAAAGAAAUGUUUACCCCCGUGCUUCUUUUACUGACUUUGUCGCUUUUGGCCUGCAUUUGAAGACCUGCGAUAAUCCCGAUGUAAAGAAGUACAUUUUCGACUGUACUGAAUCCUUACGACCCCAGAUUUCGGAGAUAGAUGAAUUGCGUGUUGUAAUUAAAUCUAUUUCCACCAGUCCAUUCGAGUCGAAACCCAUUGAAUCACUUGUUUUACAGUUCAAUAAACUAAAUGAAGAGUUUAUCCGACAGGAUAUUUGUUUCUCGUUACUACAAGAAUAUUUUGCUACUAUAUUGAUUCGUUUGAAAAUUCUUGACUCUUUUCUGCAACCACUAGAGUUUGAGACGACUUGGGAACCAUGGGUACAUUUCUGUUCGUCUUCAUAUCAAAAUGAAAAUCCUACAAUGUCAUGGAGUUUGAUACCAAAAAGCAAUACAAAUGUUACUAAUUCCGGUUCAGUUUAUCCUAUCAAAUCAUUCCAAACUGAAGAUAUUCAAAUGCAAGUGUUUUUACUUCAGUAUUGAUGUGUUGAAGAAGUUUUCAAAUUCUAGUUGAGCUUUUACAAUAAAUUUGUUAUCUUCACAUCAGUUUUCUCUUAAUUUAUACCAGAACAGCCAUUCAAAUCCAUCAUGACUUUUGGCCUGCUAAUUAUCCCGUAACAAAAUCGCCAAUCAGAACACUGAUUCAUACGACAUUCGCCCUGUGCCAAGCCAAUGACGCGUUAACCAGCACAAGCAACCUAGAGUCAACUCUGAGUCUUUAUUGGUUCUUCUCGCCUUGCACGCCCGUUGAGUCCAGUACACAAUCUCAGCUUCCACUGUAUGAAUCAUGUAUUUCAGACAUACUCAGUUUAUAUACAAGCAAAUUAGACCGGACCUCACACCACAAAAUAGAAAAUAACUACUACAUAAGAUCAAGCCAAAAAGUGAAUGUGAAUGUGAGAGACUGUUACCAAUAAAUCGAGAAUAAGUUGAGAAUGGUAAAUCGUGUCGCAAUAGCCAAUAGAUCAACUGAAGGGUAUACGUAUAUAUAUAUAUAAUCAUAGUCCAUAAACAAUUCCUAGAAGUUACCAUUCGUUUGUUCUUCGUUAGGAUGUAACAAGAUCAAUGAGUAAUAAGAUUUAAAUAGUUUCCUAAUUUUUCAAAUUAUUUAAGAAAAAGAUAUUGUUUUGAAGGUCAAACAUCAGGAAUGAAGUUCUAGUAGAAGACAAUAAUCUUGGUGCAUACUAUUCAACAACAAUAGCUGUGUGCUUAUGUUUUGUAAUCUUAGAAGUAGAUGAAUAUCAUAACUGCUUAAAGCAUCUACGGUGGUGUCAUAAAUAAGAUUCUAAGGGAACUAGUAAUUCAGCAAAUAAAUCAAUUAAUGUAUAAAGUCUGUUUGAUAUCAUAUACCGAGAUAAUGUGUCUGUGUAAAUAAUUUUCCUCUCACCAAGUAGUCAAACUUCCAGUGGACAUGUGAAUUCUGUUCUUAUGUUAUGAGUUAAAAUAAAU